UUCCCUAGGUGAUUCGACUUCCUCAUGAAAUGGCCAAUGGAGUGCGCCAGUGUCUCCUCACUGGCCCGCCAUUGCCGAGCCCUGGCUAGAUCAUGCGCCCGCCUCUCCGCACCGGAGGCCGGCCAGCAGCUGCACGCCGCCGCCAUCACCGCCGGUCUCGCCGCCCUCCCAAUGCUGUAUCUCCCCAACGUUAUCCUCCACAUGUACGCAGCUUGCGGCGACCUACUGUCUGCACGCAAGGUGUUCGACGGAAUUCCCGUCGCUUAUAAAGACGCCGCCGACUGGACUGCGCUCAUCGAUUGCUGCUCCCGCUGCGGAUCGCCCAUGGAUAGCCUCAAAUUGUUCGUCGUCAUGCGGCGAUUGGGAGUUCCCGUCGACGAUAUCACCGUGGUUUCGGUUUUCAGCAUCUGCGCCAAAUUGGGGAACAGCUCCGUCGGGGUUCAAUUGCACGGAUGCACGGUCAAAUUAGGGUUGGAUAGUUGUAUCAAAUCACGGAAUUCCGCCAUGGAUAUGUACAUCAAGUGUGGACUAAUGGCGGAUGCGAAGAGAGUGUUUUACGAAACGACGGGAAGGAGUGUCGUUUCGUGGACGAUUCUGCUGUGGGGAGUGGCGAAAUGGGAAGGAUUGGAGGAAGCACACAAACUGUUCGACGAAAUGCCCGAGAAGAACGAAGUUGCGUGGAUGAUAAUGAUCUCGAGAUAUGUUGAGAAUGGCUUUGUAGAGGCAGCAUUCACGUUGUUAUCGGAAAUGACAACGGAUUUCGGACUGCGAUUCGACUCGGGUUCUCUUUGCACGUUGCUGUCGGCGUGCACGCAGUCGGGAGACGUCGCGACGGGGAGAUGGGCGCACGCAUACGGUCUUCGAUCAAAUAUGGACGCCGCUACGGAUGUUCGAGUGGGUACCGCUUUGCUCGACAUGUACGCAAAGUGCGGGCACAUUGACUAUGCUCUUCGAGUAUUCAAGUGCAUGGCCGAAAGAAAUGUGGUUACUUGGAAUGCGAUACUUGGAGGGUUAGCGAUGCAUGGAAGAGCCACGACGGUUUUGGAAAUGUUCGACCGGAUGGUGGACGAGGUAAAGCCGAACGAUGUGACGUUCACGGCAGUGUUAAGCGCCUGCAGCCACGCCGGGCUGGUGGAUCGAGGCCGGGAGGUGUUCCACCGUCUCAGAAGUGCGUACGGAAUGCCGCCGUCGAUGGAGAACUACGCGUGUGUCGUGGAUCUUCUGGGUCGGUCCGGGCGAUUAGACGAAGCGGAGGCUGUUAUACGCAGCAUGCCGAUGAAGCCAAACGAGGUCGUGUUAGGAUCGUUGUUGGGAGCGUGCAGCGUCCACAGAAAACCCGAGCUGGGAGAGCGGCUCGUGCAAGAUUUAAUCCGAAUGUAUCCCGACAAUACCGAGCACCACGUCUUGCUCUCGAACAUGUACGCGUCGUCGGGGAGGUCGGAUAAGGCUGAUUCUUUCCGGCAUGAUCUUCGAGAAAAAGGGAUUAGAAAAGUUCCCGGAAUGAGCACCAUGUUCGUCGACGGGCGAAUCCACCGGUUCAGCGCCGGGGAAAGAUCGCACCCGCAGAUCAUCGAUAUAUAUGCAAUGCUAGAUGAGAUGAUCCAGAAACUAAAGUCAGCAGGCUAUGUUCCCGACAUUUCUUGCCAGAUCCUAUCGGGUAGCGGCGACGAGGAGGCGGAGAGGGCUUUGAUGUGCCACAGCGAGAAACUCGCCUUAUGCUUUGGGCUUCUCGGCACAAAACCCGGUACGCCUCUUUAUAUAUUCAAGAACUUGAGAAUUUGCCGAGAUUGUCACUCCGCUAUGAAGUUUGCGUCUAGAGUUUACGGAAGGGAAAUCGUGAUUCGAGAUAGGAACCGUUUUCACUCGUUCAAGCAUGGCUUGUGUUCUUGUUCCGAUUAUUGGUGA